CGGCUGGGCAGUGUGGAGUCGCGCUGCUCCUGCCCACGCGGUGUGCUCAGGCCAGGCCAGACACUCACUCGCCAUGUCAGUUGCGGAGGCGGGGGGUGUUUUCCACAGAGCCCGGGGCAGGACCCUGGACGCGUUUCCCGCAGAAGAGGAAAGGGAAUGGAAGGGUCCAUUCUACUUCAUCCAAGGUGCAGACCCACAGUUUGGACUGAUGAAGGCCUGGUCCACCGGGAACUGUGACAGCGGCGGUGACGAGUGGCAGCAGGAGAUCCGUCUCACCGAGCAAGCCGUGCAGGCCAUCAACAAGCUGACCCCCAAACCCAGGUUCUUUGUUCUGUGCGGUGACCUCAUCCACGCCAUGCCAGGGACACCCUGGCGGAAGGAGCAGACGGAGGACCUGCAGCGGGUGCUCAGGGCGGUUGACCGGGAGAUCCCCCUGGUUCUCGUCAGCGGUAACCACGACGUGGGCAAUGUCCCCACAGCCGAGACCGUCGAGGAGUUCUGCCAGACUUGGGGAGACGACUAUUUCAGCUUCUGGGUCGGGGGCGUCCUCUUCCUGGUCCUCAACUCCCAGUUCUUGUACGACGCCUCCAGGUGCCCUGCCCUGAAGCAGGCCCAGGACCAGUGGCUGGACCAGCAGCUGAGGAUCGCGGAGCAGCGGCGCUGCCAGCACGCCGUUGUCUUCCAGCACAUCCCGCUGUUCCUGCAGAGCAUCGACGAAGACGACGACUACUUCAACCUCAGCAAGUCCGUGCGCAAAGAGAUGGCAGACAAGUUCACCAAAGCAGGUGUCCGAGCCGUGUUCUCAGGCCACUACCACAGGAACGCUGGGGGCACCUACCAGAACCUGGACAUGGUGGUGUCGUCGGCCAUCGGAUGCCAGCUGGGCAAAGACACCCACGGGCUCCGCGUCGUGGUGGUCACCGCCGAGAAGAUCGUCCACCGGUACUAUAGUUUGGAUGAGCUGAGUGAGAAAGGAAUAGAAGACGAUCUGAUGGAUUUGAUGAAGAAAAAGUGAUCGCCCUUGAUGAUCAGUCACUUUUCACUUCCAAGGUUUUUUAUUUUGCCAGGAACAGCAGCCGCACACAACCCCUUGUUGAAAUAGAAAAGUAGACCAGGCAGCUUGGUGAAUUUAUGUCCUUCUGUAUAAAUCAGAGAGCUACGUCCUAUCUUGAAUAAUAUUCAAAAUGGAACUGCACUCUGGAAAUAAUUUUUUUAAAUGAUACUAGACUCUCUCCGCACAGGUUUUUGAAUAAAUUCCCCUAAUGGUGUGUUUCUCAACUCUGCUUUUGAAUUAGAUUGUUUUCUGGUAGCAUAUGAUCAAUGUCUACCUGUCAAGCUCAAGUCCAACGUGAUAUCCAAAUGUGAUCUUUGAUAAUUCCUUGAACAAACUGUAUCUGAUUGUACUAAAUUGUGGUCUUGAUUCCAAAAAUGCCAGGCAAAACAAAGGUCAUCUCCUUUCCUUCCUAUCAAAACAAACAGCCGUCUCUCCCAUUACCAGGGCCAUGCGAACUUAUUUUAACAAGGAACCCAGUAGCCAACAUUUACUGUUAAAUUCCGAGACUCCUAUUAUCGCUGAUGAUAGAAACAGAAUACAGUUGAUACAAGUCAUGUCUUGAAAUUGCCUUCCUGGUGCCUGCCAAAGUCACCUUUGCACAUAAAUUGGUCAUUUACGAAAAUCUCAUGCAAGAGACCAAAACCAAGACCCUAAAAUGCCGCCCGUGCUGUCGCUUGGAAGCACAUUUUGAGUUUGUUCGCGGUCACAUUCUGGCGCUGUAGCAGCUCCGCAGAUGGGCAGUUCUGUGGGAUGGGAAUGUCCCUCCAAUUAUGAGACUCUCGACUGUGUCGACUUUGACAGAAAAAGUGGGAAUUUAUGCAGGGUUCUCUAAAGAAAACAAAGCAGAAAAUCUGGUGGCAAAAAACAGUGAUUUCAGCCACAUCAUCUAAAUUGGCAACGACUUGGAUUAAAUGCACCAGUACGACAUCGCUUGACAAAAGAGUGUGGGUUAUUUAAAGCCAGCGUUGUUUUAAUCUACUGCACCUUCUCAGCAGCUCCUGAUCAUAACUUCGUGAUGUCAUCUUUCUCGGCAGGUGUCCUGGUGGACAGGUAACCUAGGUACCCCGAAUCCUGGCAGCAAGACCUGACAGCAUCACGCAACAGCAUUCAGCAAUCCCAAAACAACUUUGAAAACUUACUGGUUACCAAUGAACCGCAAAGUCCAUGACAUUAAAACACUUUCUCGUUAAAGUUUUAGUCAACGUAGCAAAACCGUGAGAGAUCAAACAGAUGAUUGAAUUUGUAAAUCAUAAGGAACAAAAGAUGAAAAGUUAAUUAUACGACAGAUUGGUGACAUGCCAUAGCUCGUUGUUAUGUGGUACAAGAAAAUUAAAAUUGUUCAAAACUAGAACACUCUCCUUUCAGUGUUCUGCUGCAUUCUUUUUUCGUGCUCGUUUUUCUUUACUGCAGGUGCGGGGAUAAAGGGUCGAGGAGUUCAGUCAGGGGCAUAACUAACACGCCACACAUUCGAGACUUGUGACGUGGUGACACUUGGGUGGUAAACAAGGAGGGCUUCAGUCCUUGCGUCUUAACUCUGCCCUCUGUCUUGGAAAAUGUUUUCCACGGGAGAGAGGUUGUACCAACUCCGCCCAUGGCAA